AUGCCCGCCGAGAUGUUUAGCAUCGACAGUAUCCUGUCCGGACGGCCGCGUUGUAAGGAGCCGCUGCUGCUCCACCGGAGCGGCCAAGUCGUGCUGCCCGGGUGCUUGAAUGACUCUGUUUAUACAGACUACAAUGGAUUGUACGCUUCUACGUGCGCCCCCGCUGGUCCCGGAGUUCAGUCUAUGAACGGAGCCAGAGUCGGAUAUAAUGGUUAUUAUUAUGGACAGCUCCACGUUCAAGGUACGGGAGGGCUGCCGUGCUGUGGUGCAGUACACAGCCUCGGCCCACAGCAAUGCCCGUGCAUCAUGUCAGGCUAUGAAAGUACGGGCUCGGUGUUGGUCUCGCCAGUGCCGAACCACAUGAUGUCCUACGUCAAUAUGGGCAGUUUUUCACGGAGUGACCUGCAACUUCUCAACCAACUGCACUGCCGCAGGAAGCGAAGACACCGAACCAUCUUCACCGACGAGCAACUGGAGGCUUUGGAGGGCCUCUUCAGUGAGACCAAGUACCCCGACGUAGGCACGAGGGAACAACUAGCUCGCAAGGUCCAUCUCCGAGAGGAAAAGGUCGAGGUGUGGUUCAAAAACAGACGUGCCAAAUGGAGAAGACAGAAAAGGUCGUCGUCGGAGGAAUCAGAGAACGCUCAGAAAUUGAACAAAUCUAAUAAAACGUCCGUCGGACAAAGCAAGGAGCGCAAAAAUGAAGUUGACUCUGACUGA